AUGGCGAGAUCAAUCAAAAUCAAACAAAACUACCAGCCAAUCAGAACAGCGUAUGGGCAAGCUGCAAACGGUUACGUUCUGUUGUUCGACAUUCUCGGCGGGUUGGAUGAGAAGUACCUGUACGAGCCUGUCUAUCCCAAGGGCAGUGCUCGUGUUAAGGUGACUCCGGGCUAUAAGGAGGAACAGUGCGCUCCAGCUCUGACUCUAGAGAUGAAGAAACCUGUCGACCUGGAGGCUCCUAUCAGCUGUCUGCAGACGCUGCAGGAGGAUCUGUUAGUGGCGACGGCUGAUGGUUUCCUCCACAUGUUGCACUGGGACAGUGUCAGUAACGGCAGAAGAGCAGUGAACCUGUGCACCGUUCCCUUCUCCCUCGACCUGCAGUCCUCCAGAGGAGGGCCGUGUUUGGACCUGGAGGGCGUUUACAUUCGGGAUAUGGAGUAUUGCUCUACGCUGGACGGGUUUGCUGUCGUGUUUGAUGACGGGAGACUCGGAUUCAUCACGCCGACUGCAAACAGACUCGCCACUGACCAGCUUCAGGGCGUUUGGGCCACUGAUGUCUCUGAUGGCACGUGUGUCGCCGUCAACAACAAAUACAGACUAAUGGCCUUCGGCUGCGCAAGCGGGUCAGUGUUGGUCUACAUGAUUGACAGCUCGACGGGAUCCAUGCAGCUCUCUCAUAAACUGGAGUUAACCCCUAAACACUACCCAGAUGUGUGGAAUAAAACGGGCCCGGUGAAGAUGAUCCGCUGGUCCCCCGACUGCAGCGUUGCAAUGGUGACGUGGGACUGUGGGGGCUUGUCCCUGUGGAGUGUGUUCGGGGCUCAUCUCAUCUGCACACUCGGAGAGGACUUCGCUUAUCGCUCAGACGGCACGAAGAAGGAGCCCCUAAAGAUCAGCUCUAUGAGCUGGGGUGUGGAGGGGUACCACCUGUGGGUGAUCAGCAGCUCAGACUCGACUCCUGUGGAAGCAGAAGGAGACGAGAAGCUCCAACAGGCCAGCAUCCUGCAGUUCCAGUUCAUCAAGAGCGCGCUGACCGUCAACCCCUGCACGAGUAACCAGGAGCAGGUGCUGCUGCAGGGAGAGGACCGUCUUUAUCUGACCUGUGGAGACCCGACUCAGGCUCACAGCGGGUCGGACAAGAGUUCGUCUCGGGACACUGGGACUCCUCUGCACCGGCCCUCGGCCUCCACGCCUGUCUCUCAGGGCCUUAGCACUUUACUGGGACACAAGCACUGGCAGGUUGUUCAGAUCCACAGCACAUAUCUGGAGACGAACUGGCCCAUCAGGUUUGCAGCGAUAGACUGGUCUGGUCAGUGUGUGGCCGUCGCUGGUCGCCGUGGAUUUGCACAUUAUUCCUUAUAUUCCAGGAAAUGGAAAUUGUUCGGUAACGUCACACAGGAGCAGAAUAUGGCGGUGACGGGCGGUCUCGCGUGGUGGAACGACUUUGUUGUUAUUGCGUGUUAUAAUUUCAUCGACCGACAGGAAGAGCUGAGGCUGUACGUGCGCUCGGCUAACCUGGAUAAUGCGUUUGCUAGCGUCACCAAACUUCACGCUGACACGCUGUUGCUGAACGUGUUUCGUAACGUGGUGAUUCUGUUCCGGGCCGACUGCUCUAUCUGCCUGUACAGCAUCGAGAGACGGCACGACAGCCCGAGCCCGUCGGCCAGUGUGGAGCUGUUGCAGGAGAUUUCGAUGUCUCGUUAUAUUCCUCACCCUAGUCUAGUCGUGUCCGUGACCCUCACGUCAGUGCGGACCGAGACCGGGAUCACACUCAAAGCCCCGCAGCAGGCCUGUUCGGCUGAGAGUAUCCUCUUGAAUUUGGCUGGUCAGCUGAUUAUGCUGCAGAGAGACCGAUCCGGGCCACAGGUGCGAGAGAAGGACACGCCAGCCAAUCAGACGAUGCUGCCUUUCUGUGCGCCGGUGGUUCUGGCUCAGUGUGUGGAGAACGUGUGGACCACCUGCCGAAGCAACCGCAAGAAACGCCACCUGAUGGAGGCGCUGUGGCUCUCGUGCGGAGAGGCGGGGAUGAAGGUGUGGCUCCCUCUGUUUCCCAGAGACCACCGCAAACCCCACUCGUUCCUGUCGCGCCGCAUCAUGCUACCCUUCCACAUCAACAUCUACCCGCUAACCGUGCUCUUCGAGGACGCGCUAAUCCUCGGCGCAUCCAACGAAACCAUGCUAUUCGACGGCCUGAGCUCGUCCUCCGAGCCACUGGAGACGCUCUUCCCGUUUUGCACGGUGGAACGAACAUCUCAGAUCUAUCUCCAUCAUAUCUUACGCCAGCUGCUAAUGCGUAACCUGGGCGAGCAGGCUCUAAUGCUAGCGCAGUCGUGCGCGAUGCUGCCGUACUUCCCGCACGUGCUGGAGCUCAUGGUGCACGUGGUUCUGGAGGAGGAGGCCACGUCUCGAGAGCCCAUCCCCGACCCGCUGCUGCCCACUGUGGCCAAGUUUGUCACCGAGUUCCCGCUGUUCCUGCAGACCAUCGUUCACUGCGCGCGCAAGACCGAGUACGCGCUGUGGAACUACCUGUUCGCCGCCGUCGGGAACCCCAAAGACCUGUUCGAGGAGUGUCUGAUGGCGCAGGAUCUGGACACGGCCGCGUCGUACCUGAUCAUCCUGCAGAACAUGGAGGUUCCAGCGGUGAGCCGUCAACACGCCACUCUGCUCUUCAACACGGCCCUCGAACAGGGCAAAUGGGAUCUGUGUCGUCACAUGAUCCGCUUCCUGAAGGCCAUUGGUUCAGGGGAGAGCGAGACUCCGCCCAGCACACCCACCACACAGGAGCAGAGCUCUACGGGAGGCUUUGAGUUCUUCCGUAACCGCAGCAUCAGUAUGUCUCAGUCUGCCGACGGCAUCGCAGGAGGGAAGUUCAACCUGCAGAAAACCCUGAGCAUGCCCUCCGGCCCGUCCUGCAAAGGGGGCGAGCGCUGGUGUAAGGACACUGACUCCGCGGAGAACCUCUACAUUGACGUGAUGCUGUGGAGACACGCUCGGCUGCUGCUGGAGCAGGUCCGGCUGCGGGACCUCGGCUGCUUCUCCGCUCAGCUGGGCUUCGAGCUGAUUGGCUGGCUGUGUCGGGAGCGCACGCGAGUGGCUCGCGUCGAGGAUUUCGUCACCGCGCUCAAAUGCCUGCACAAGGACUUCCUGUGGCCGUUUCCCGUCAUCCCAGCAUGCUCUGUUAGCUCGCCGCUGAAGAACGGACGCUGCCGCCCAGUGUUGAGUUCUCGCUUGCUGAAGUCUCAGUCUGCGGACAGUUUGCUGAACAGUGACAUGGACACCACGCCCCCUCAGGUCACCCCAGCCAAUCACAGCUGGCUUGACGGGUUGGGGGCGGUGUCCAAGGAACUAAACUCCGCCUCCUCUCACGGAGGACCGCAGACCCAGGAGGCUUUUCUCUCUCCUCUUAUUAACAAAGGAGAGGAGUACAGCAUCGGUUCAGCCACGGACCUCACUGAGACCAGUUCAGUGGUGGAUGGUGAUUGGACGAUGGUGGAUGAGAAUUUCUCCACCCUCAGUCUCAGCCAAUCAGAGCUGGAGCACAUCUCUAUGGAGCUGGCCAAUAAAGGGCCACACAAGAGUCAAGUGCAGCUCAGGUAUCUCCUGCACGUGUUCAUGGAGGCGGGCUGUCUGGAGUGGUGUGUGAUCAUCGGGCUGAUCUUACGGGACGCCAGCGUGAUCAAGCAGGUCGUGGGCUUCUUGGACAGUGCUGAGGUGCCGGCAGAGACGGUGCAGAGCAUCAAAGCCGGGCUGAUGGCCGUCGACCACUGGGUCUCCUCUGAUUGCUUGGGCUACAAGCCGUUCCUGCACCUGAUUGGCCCGCAGCUGCUGAAGCUCUCAGAGGUUCCCGAGGAGCCGGUUCAGCCGGAGCCGUUCCAGCCGAGCGGGGACUCCGAGCCCGAGCCCAGAGCCGAGGACACACGCGGGGUCGUGACCUCUGCCCACCCGCUGCGACCCCGUGGGGUCGUGACCUCUGCCCACCCGCUGCCCUUGGACGGCCCCUGUGGUGCCAGCGCUCGACCCCUGGAGGACACACCUGAGGAGCCUGAGCAGCAGGAGGCCCUGGAGGAGGGGGCGUACGACUGCACUCUCUCAUGAGUGUGUGAGCCGCUGGAUGAGGCCUCGUACGACUGCACACGUGUGUGUGUGUGUGUGUGUAUUGUCAAAAAUACUGACUUCGGUAUGAAGUCUACUGAAAUUUUCAAAUUGUGACUGAGCGCUGUUGAGCGGAUUCAUAAACACCUCUGAUUGGCUGUUGUGUUCACGCACUCAUCAGAUAUGUCUGAUUGGCUACAAGGAUCAACGCAUGAAAGAGUUUGAAAACACACGCACGACGACGUCUGCGCUCGCUGAAGAGCCUCAUUGAUGUACAACGGUUGCGAAAGCGCUGAUCCUUGUAGCCAAUCACAGACAUAUCAGAUGAGCUCGUGAACACAACGGCCAAUCAGAAGUGUUUAUGAAUCCACUCAACAGUGCUCAGUCACAAUUUGAAAAUUUCAGUACCGACUUGAUACCAAAGUCAGUACUUCUGACAACACUAGUGUGCGUGUGUAUGUGUGAGAGAGCCGCUGGACAAGGGUUCGUACGACUGCACACUCUCAUGACCCGUCUGUGCUGCUCCGUGACCAGUUACACGUGUGUGUGUGUGUCUUUAUAUUUGAUUUCGGCUCCUCCUGACUGCAUUGUUGUGUGUGUUUUGCAGUGUUUUCUCCAUCCUCUGGUCAAAUGCGUCGUCAUCAUGUUUUUUUCUCUCUUCACUUUAUAGUUUAAACACUGCAAAAAACAAAUGAUUUGGUAUUAUUGUCUUAUUUUGUUUUUGUAUUUUCCAGCAAAAAUAUCUCAAUUUUCUUAAAUGGAGAUCAUUUAGUGGAGAACAAGCAGAAAGACUGAAGAUGAGUCUGAGACAUCAGAGAUGUGUUCUGUUUUAAGCAUACACUUCUCUCUGAUGAGAUAUUAAUACUGUUUUCAGAUUCAAAAUGAAGUCCAGACGUAAUCAAAUUAUAUAUUAUUUAUUUGUUAACAUUAUUUAACAGCCAAGAUGAAAAAAACCUCUAUUUCUGAUAUUGUCAUUAUUAAAUGUGCAGCGUUUCAUCACUAUUUUAGAUAAAUUAAGUGUACACUUUUGAACAUGGCUGUGUUUAUUGUAAAACUCUGCUGGAGAUAUUUCUGCUGGAAAACAAGACAGAAACAAAAUUCAAGAUAAGACAAAAUUAGUUUUUUUUUUUUUUUGCAGUGUCGUUAGCAACCAGCUUUACACCAAAUCAUGACUUCAUAAAACACAGUGUCACUCACUCACUCAUCCACACACACGUUUCUCCUUUCAUGAGUCCGAUGUCGUGCUUAUCACAAUGAUUUUGUUUUGUUUUUGCUCUGGCUUCAUGUUUUAAAGUUCAUCAUGAAAUAUCAGCCCUUGUUUUAUUAGAUGAAAAUCUAUAUCUGAGGAAGACUGACUCGUUUGACCCUCGUUGACCUCAGAUCUUCACCGCGUGUGUUUGUGUGUGUCGCAGGGUUAGCUGUUUUUGAGGUGUCCUCUCCUCCUGCGCUCGUGUCCUGGCGGGAACGAAACGUUAUUUAUUCCUCCGCUUCGCUUCACAACCAGGACGAUUACACGUUAUUAAUCGGACACGUGCAGUUUGUCAUCGCUAUAUCCCGACUGACAGCGUUAUUUCUGUUUCUUCUGAAUUGUUUCAGUUUUACGUUUAUUUAUUUGAGGAGCAUAUGGACAAAGAGACGGACGUUUUCUUUCGUUUCAGGGAGUGAUUUGUGUGUGUUUUCUCUAAUCUCUGAAGGGCAUCAGUAUUAAACGAGUGUUCAGUGUUUGUCUUCAGAACGGACCAAAUCAUCUACGCUUAUGGAAUGCCUUUGUAUUAUGAUUAUUCUUCUAGUUAUUCUAGUUCUUAUGCAUCAUUGACGGUCGUCGUCUGAGUAUUUAGCAGCUUUAAUGAGAUGCAUCUUUAUUUUAAUGUUUUAUUUCCCCCUGAACAGCUCAAAUGAGCUGUUUAAACUAGUCUGAGGCGGUUUAAACCGGUUCAAACCAGCUGACAAGUGCCCGAAUCCCAGUCAAACCAGCGGCUGCUGCUCCUCCUGACGCAGGUUUAUGUCCUCCUCACGAGGAACAUAUGCAGUGAUGAUCACGAUAUUCACAAACCAAAGAGCUUCUGGAUGUGUGUGAGAUUCACUGACGUGUUCACGGUACAGAUUACCCACAAUCCCUCUGUCCCGCUGACGUCACUGGACUGAUGUUGAGCUGGAGGGUUUUAUCUGGACGUUUCUUCUCCAUGAAGUGUACAGAGAGAGUUUGCUGUACAAUAACUUUUCUACUCAGUUUUCUAUAUUUCCUGUACAUAAAGAACAAUAAAUUAUUUUUUAAACAUCA